AUGGCGGACACAUGGUGGUUUGAGGAAACCAAACUUUUGAUCGCCUUAUGGAGUGAAGAGGCAGUGCAACAUGAGUUAAACACCAUGCACAACAAGAAACUCGUAUGGGACAAAAUAAGCCAAGGAAUAGCCGAUGAAGGGUACUCGAGAAGUGCACAACAGUGUCGUGUUAAAAUUAACAACCUCAAGCAAAAAUAUCGCAAGAUUCGCGACGGCAACAAAAUUUCUGGAAACCAACAAAAAGAAAGGGAGAUGUUUGAACCAAUGGACCAUGUUCUUGGCUGCAAACAAACCUCAAAACCUAGAGUGGUUGUU